UUUUUUACCAACCACCACAGAAAUUACAAUCCACCCAAGGAGUUACAAACCAGCAUGUCUACGUUGGAUCUUUACAACAUGCCUGGAACCGCGAGCACUCGUGCUGUCCAGAUGACCGCGAAGGCCGUGGGAGUCCAGCUGAACUCCAAGUUCAUGAACACCCAGGCGGGAGACCAGCUGAAACCGGAGUUCAUCAAGAUCAAUCCCCAGCACACCAUUCCCACCUUGGUGGACAACGGAUUCGCCAUCUGGGAGUCUCGGGCCAUCGUCAUCUACUUGGUGGAAAAGUACGGGAAGGCCGACACCCUCAUUCCCAAGGAUCCCAAGACGCGGGCCGUGGUCAACCAGCGCCUGUUCUUCGACAUAGGGCCUCUCUACGACGCCAUCUCCAGCUACUACUUCCCCAUUUUCCGCACCGGCAAGCCGGGAGAUCAGGCGGCCUUGGACAAGGUCAACUCCGCCUUCGACUUCCUCAACACCUUCCUGGAGGGCCAGGAAUACCUGGCUGGCAGUCAACUGACAGUGGCUGACAUCGUCAUCCUGGCCAACGUGUCCACCAUCGAAAUGGCUCCGAUCGACCUGAAGAAGUUCCCCAACCUGGAGAGGUGGUACAAGAAUGCCCAGAGGGUUACCCCUGGCUGGGAGGAAAACCUGCAAAGCAUUAAGGAGCUGCAGAAGUUCGCGGAACAAAAGCUGGCCGAAAGAAACACAAAAGCAUAAACUUUAAAAGUAGUUUGUAUGUGCAAUUUAAAUCAGUUAGGAUUGAAAUAAAAACAUGAACAAAAUAUUA